CGCGCGAGGGCCAGGUCAGCGCCUGCCCGGCGAGGCGAAACGAGGGGAACCCCGUUCGGCCAUGGCCUCGCUGUUGGGAGCUUACCCGUGGCCCGAGGGGCUCGAGUGCCCGGCCCUGGAAACCGAGCUGUCGGAUGGGAUGUCGCCACCGGCCGCCCCCCGCGCACCGGGCGACAAGGGCUCGGAGAGUCGUAUCCGGCGGCCCAUGAAUGCCUUCAUGGUGUGGGCUAAGGACGAGAGGAAACGUCUGGCCGUGCAGAACCCGGACCUGCACAACGCCGAGCUCAGCAAGAUGCUGGGAAAGUCGUGGAAGGCGCUGACGCUGUCCCAGAAGAGGCCCUACGUGGACGAGGCGGAGCGGCUGCGCCUGCAGCACAUGCAGGACUACCCCAACUACAAGUACCGCCCUCGCAGGAAGAAGCAGGCCAAGCGCCUCUGCAAGCGCGUGGACGCGGGCUUCCUCCUGAGCUCCCUCUCCCGAGAUCAGAACGCUCUGCCGGAGAAGCGGGGCGGCGGCCGGGGAGCGCUAGCGGAGAAGGAGGACAGGGGUGAGUACUCCCCGGGCUCCGCCCUGCCCAGCCUGCGGGGCUGCUACCACGAAGGGCCGACUGGCGGCGGUGGCACCCCGGGCAGCGUGGACACUUACCCGUAUGGGCUGCCUACGCCCCCGGAAAUGUCACCCCUGGACGUGCUGGAGCCAGAGCAGACCUUCUUCUCGUCUCCCUGCCAGGAGGAGCAUGCGCACUCACGCCGCAUCGCCCACCUGCCGGGGCCCCCUUACUCACCGGAGUAUGCCCCCAGCCCCCUCCACUGCAGUCACCCUCUGGGCUCCCUGGCCCUCGGCCAGUCCCCAGGCGUCUCUAUGAUGUCCGCUGUACCCGCCUGCCCCCCGUCUCCUGCCUAUUACUCCCCUACCACCUACCACCCUCUCCACUCCAACCUCCACGCCCACCUGGGCCAGCUCUCCCCACCUCCCGAGCACCCCGGCUUUGACGCCCUGGAUCAGCUGAGCCAGGUGGAACUCCUGGGGGACAUGGAUCGCAAUGAAUUCGACCAGUAUUUGAACACUCCUGGCCACCCAGACUCUGCUGCAGGGGCCGUGGCGCUCAGUGGGCAUGCCCCGGUCUCCCAGGUGACAUCGACAGGCCCCACAGAGACCAGCCUCAUCUCCGUGCUGGCUGAUGCCACGGCCACGUACUACAACAGCUACAGCGUGUCAUAGAGUCCGAGGCAGCCAGCCCAGCCCUGCCUCGCCGCCGGAGCCCUAUCCUCGCGCACGAGCAGAGCAGAGCGGAUGGCACAGCGCUCCCAGCUUUCCUCCAACCGUCGGGGUGUGCAGGUCGGAACUGUCCGCGGGGCAGAAUGGGGCUCUGCCUAUCUGAGGGCCCCUUCGCGCUCCCUGCAGCCUGCAUUUGAGUGUAUUCCUUCAAAUGGGCUCUCAUUGACUACACCCUGGGAACAAGGCAAGGUAGUUGCUGAAAGAUGGUUUCCUGGUAGAUUUUCAUUUUUUUCUCCCGCUCCCCAUCAUGGAAACAAACGUGUGAAAUCCCAGCGGCUUUCUUGUAUCUCUGGCUUUCUUGUAUCUCUGGCUUCUGACACAGCCGCAUGGCUCACAGCCGUCCUGAUCUUUGGGUCCUCUCUAUGAGGAAAUCCCCGAGUUGGGAUCCAGGGGACCCCGGCUCCAGUCCCAGUUCUGCCUCGGAGGGUUGAUGGAACUCCCACUCUUCUCUCUUCCCCUUCCAGCUCCUUCCCCCAAUCUAGGAAGGGGGGGGGGCGCAGACUUGAUAUCUAAGGCCCCUUCUGCUCCAGGUGUUCUUUCAAGGCUAAUUAAAAGGAAAAUGAAGUUUGAGCUAGUAAGUUCAUUGAUGGCCAACCUGCCAAUAACUCUGUGUGCAUGGUCCAAGAACAAGUGACUUUCUGCACUUGCAGUGCCUUUCAAAACGAUCAUAGUCUUUCAAAAGGAGUCCUCAGAUUUGAGAAACAACACCCGUCUUUAUUUGGAAAAUUAAACACUAGGCUUGACUGCAUCACUUGAAUUCAAACCAUUGCUUUUUAAACAUAUUUUAAAGGCUAAAUUAAUUUUUUAAUUACACACACAUUUCAAGAGAAUAUACACAGCCUGAAUAUAUACAGUGUCUGUGGGACACACACAACACACACACUUUCAUGCAUGUCUGCGCAGUCUAAAUCAGAUACUCUUGUUGAUGUUGGCAGCUUCUUGUCAACUCCCUGUUCCUAAUGACCCAAAGAACUGGGAACCUAAAAAGAAUUUCUACAGAGCAAUGUCAUUUACCUCCUAUCUAGAUUUGUUGAUUUCUUGAGCAAAAUGUCAUCAUACUUCCCCCUCUGCAGGUGCAAAAGAAGCUUCCUUCUCUCUGUCUCUGACUCCCCUUCUUCCUUUCCCAGGAUUUCUAUUUUUCUUCUUCACUGUUCUUCCUCUGCCCAUGAAUUGGCCAUGAAUUCAAAGAUCCCCUGAGUUAAAAAUCCUAAGCAUAAUUCCUAUGGCUGAGAUGGGAAUUUGCUCUCUUCCCUAGCCAGCUGGUUCUUGGUAGCACCUUCAGCCAACACUUCAAACAACUUCCCCUUCACUAUACUUACUUCCCAAAGAACAGAAACACACUGGGAUACAGAAAAUGUUUCUGAGCCCUGACCCCAUCCCAAAAACAUUUCCAUCCUUUUCCCAAACCUCCUUUGAAGGAACAUAACUAGCAAUGAACAAAAAGACAGCUGUCUGUCUUUCAAUUGCAGCAUAUUAUUAUUGCCUGUAUGAAAUAUGUAAGUGUUUUAUAUAUUCUCCUAUUUUCAGCUUAUAUUUUAUAUUGUUGAGAGAUCCUUUUUUUUUCUUCCAAGGAGUUCUACUGUAAAAUUACUUAUAAGAUAUAAUUAAUCUUUAUGCUAUUGCUGUAUACAUUUGGUAAUAAAUAGUAAAUCAUUGACAAUAUGAUUGACUGGUGCAGUCCAGAAUGUAUAUUAAUAAUCUUGUAAAACAUUAUCACAGACAUUAAGCUAAACUGUUCCAUUUUUUUUUUUUUGGUAAGAACUACACAUGCUUUGGAACAUUUGUAGAUAUUGAUCUGUCUAAAAUAUUUAAUUUAAAUAAAUGU